AUGGUAUUUAAGAUAUAUCGCGUAGAACUAGAAAAUUUUAAGAGCUAUGCAGGGAAGGUAAGAAUAGGACCUUUUAAGGAUUUCACGUGUAUUGUUGGUCCGAAUGGCGCUGGCAAGUCCAAUCUUAUGGAUGCACUUAGUUUUGUCUUGAGUUCGACGAGUCUUGAUACGACACAUAACAAGCAUCGGUUAGAUUUCAUCAACCACAAAUCCAAAAAGGGAUGUGUUGUCACUAUCGUGCUGCGUCAGACGGAAGAGGCGAAUACAAGUGUUGGAAGUCAUCAACAUCAGCAUACACUUGGUUCUGCAAUCAGCGAGGUCUCCUUCACGCGCUCAGUUACCAGAGCUGGCAUGGAGCGAUUUGCUAUUAAUCACAAGGAAGUAUCUGAAGAAUGCUUUUCCGAGCAGCUGAAGGCACAUCGGGUUGGCUCUCGUGUGAAUACUUUUCUGGUUUUUCAGCAUGAAGUUGAAACAAUUGCGCGUAUGAAAGGCAAAGAGCUCACCGAGUUGUUUGACCAAGUGAGUGGAAGUGGUGAGCUCAAACAGGAGUACAACUCCAGAAAAAAAGCCUUGGAGAUGGCCAAUAAUGGCUUAUUGAGUGCAUCAAUUGAAAAACGUGGUGCAAUUGUUGCAGCCAACCAGAUGCGCAUUGCCAUGAAGGAGGCCGAGCAUUUUGAAGAGCUGCGCCGUUCCUACGAAGAAGGUCGCCGUGAUCUAGCACUCACCGAACUUUUUGAGGUGGAGUUAGAGUUGGAGAAGCAAAAGGAUGAAUUGGACAGGUUCAACAAAACCCUGCUUCAGCUUCAGAAGGGCGUGACGACCGAGAAGGAGCUGCGAGACAUGAAGCGUAGAUAUGCUGAAAAGCACAGAACUUACCUUGAGGAGCUCAGGACCAAUCGCAAACUGGCCGACGAUCUCCGCACUAGGGCAACCUUGACAGAUCGUGCGAAGGCCACACUGACCCAUCUCGGUCGAAAAUACGAACUGCAAAAGUCUGAGUUGACGUCGUUGCUGAAAGUUGAUGCUGUUCACUCAAAUGAAAUGAAGCGCCUACGGGACGAACUCCAGAGACAGCAGACUGUUCUAGACAAUUUUGAGAAAGCUUGUGCCAAGGAGGAUGAAGAGAACACUUUAGUGCGGGGCUCCAUCAGCGAAGAGCACAUGAGUGAAUAUCGUCGCCUUCGUAAAGAAGCAGAUUGUGAAACGGUGACGCUGCGUCAGCAUGCAGAGACCGUCAGGAGGCAACAUGAUUCUAUUCGUGAGGCCCUAAGACAAUGUCAAAUGAUGAGGGAAACCUUGGAGCUACAGCGAAAGGACCUCGAACUGAACAAGGAACGUGCAACGGUGACUCGUGGGCAGCUCCAACAGCGCGCGAAUGACUUAGCCGAGUCAAACAUUACUCUUGAAAAACAGAUGGACGAAACCCGUAAAGCCCUGAAGAUGACACAAAAAAAGAGUACCGAGCGUGAGAUCGAACUUGCGAAGAUACAGGAACAAUUGCAUGAGCUCUAUUAUAUGAAGGACACAAGCAAACACCAACAUCGUAUGGGCGAGGCUUUACAGGCCUUGCGCUCGCUUUUUCCCAUUCGCGGUCGCUUAGUGGAUCUUUGCAGCAUCCCAAACACGCGAUAUCGAAAUGCCACCACGGUAGCCAUGGGAAAAAAUUUAGAGGCGGUCAUUGUUAACACGUCAGACAUUGCCAUCUCAUGUGUGAGUUAUUUGAAGGAGCACCGCAUGCCACCCAUGACCUUUCUUCCGUUGGACAGUGUUCAGGGCGAUGUGGUUGACGACCGACUUCGCACGCUUGGUGGGACUUGUAAGCCUCUCAUAGAUAUUGUACAGUACGAAACUGAGAUUGAGCCAGCAGUGCGGUUCGCCCUAGGACAGAUCCUUGUAUGUGACUCUAUGGCGGAGGCAAAGAAGGUAGCAUACGGCAGUUCAGACGGCAAGCGCUUUAAAGUCGUUACACUUGACGGCACAAUGCUUCUCAAGAAUGGUGUGGUACAGGGAGGUCUGGCUGCCAUUCAAAUGCGCGCCAAUAAAUGGGAUGAAAAGAAGUACUCUGACCUCCGUUCUGCGUACGAGCGACUGCUUAACGGAGCCACGGGUGGAAGCGAGGCAGAACUGGCACGGGCGCAUAUAGCAAUCCGAGACAUGGAAUCGCGCCUACAGUUUACACAAAAGCGCAUUCAGGUUGUAAACGGUGAGAAAGAUGCUAUCGAAGCCAAGUUGAAGAGCCUAGGGAACGAAAUUCAAAAACUAUCUGAGACAGCGCAAUCGCUUGAAGAGCGUGAAAGAUAUCUUAAGCAAGAGCUGGAGGGCGUUAGCAAGGAGAUGCUAAAAACGUCACAAGCCAUUGCUAAAGCAGAGGGUCGUGUUUUUUCAGAAUUUCAAAAUAAAGCUAAUAUUCUGACCAUUCUACAGUAUGAAGACAAACAUGCAGAGCUUGAAAAACAACGGGCAGAGUAUCGACGGCAGCUGCAGCUCCUUAUUCACAAGCUGGAGCAAGCAAUUGAGGUGGAGAAGAAUCGGUUGAAUGAUCAUUUGCUUGCCAACAAGAAAGAAGCCUGUGAACGACUGGUGAAAGAAAUGGCAGAAUGUGAAAAGGACUUUACUGCGCACCAAAAUGACUUUGCUGCUGCUGAGAAGUUGUAUGAGCGUGCUAAGUUGGCAGCACUCAAAUCCAGCGAGGACUUAGGGGCGAUGGCCAAUGAAAUUAGGCAGGUUACGGCAAGCUCAGAAACCAUGUUAAAUCGUCUGGCGCAUGCCCGCAAGGGAGCCACUGCGCUGCAAGCGGCGUGUAACACGCUGCGUUUGCGUCGAGUUAACAUCAUGCAACGCUGUCAAAUGGAUGGAAUAGAACUUCCAUUAAAGAUGGAGGUUGGCAUUGACUUCAAGCGGGCGCGCCCAGAAGACGGUACCCGUGGUGACAGCAAAGGUCGAGUGCAACAUCUCAUGCAAUCAGAAUUGUUCACACCACUAACCAGUUCCCCAGGUAACCAAAACUUCAGCAGUACUGGAGAUUCCGAAGUCAAGGUAUAUAUCGACUUUAGUGGCCUCUCAUCGGCGCUACGUGACAUAGCGGCCGAUCGAUCCAGUUUUUCUUCUUACAAGCAACGCAUGGAAGCUUCAAUCGAAAAAAUAUCUAUCGAAAUGCAGGCUCUUGCACCAAACAUAAGAGCCACGUCACUCCAUGUGGCAUCUGCGGACCGUCUCGGGGCCUCCUCCACGGUUUUGGAAGCAGCACGGGAACAGGUGCGAAAAGCACACGCGGAGUUUUUGCAGGUGAAAGAGAUGCGCACCGGAAGAUUCAUGGAGGCUUUUGGGAAAAUUGCUGCCAGUGUUGAUCGCAUAUAUCGAGAACUCACACUUGGCACCCAGACUCACGGGGUGCAUGGGUCCGCGUAUCUAAGCCUUGAAAAUGUGGAGGAGCCGUACUUGGGGAGCACAACGUACCAUGCCACACCACCGCUGAAGCACUUUAUGCCAAUGGAGCUUCUCUCCGGUGGAGAGCGCACAAUGGCCGCCUUGGCACUGCUCUUUGCAAUUCACGACGUUUCAGCGACACCAUUUUUUAUUCUGGAUGAAGUCGAUGCGGCUCUUGAUGCCGUAAAUGUCGAAAAGCUAGCGAACUUUCUGCGCAACAACUGCUUCACCUGCCAGUUUGUGGUAGUAUCAUUAAAAGAUCAGCUGUACCACAUGGCUGACUUCCUCAUCGGUGUUUUGAAGGACAAAGAAAAGGGAACUUCGAAAGUGUUAACAAUGGACUUGGGAGGUUUUCCAUAUUAA